AUGGCGUUCCCAGUGAUUAACAUGGAGAAGCUAAAUGGUGUGGAGAGAGCAGCCACCAUGGAAAAGAUCAAAGAUGCCUGUGAGAACUGGGGCUUCUUCGAGCUGUUGAACCAUAGCAUAUCCCCUGAAUAUUUGGACACCGUGGAGAGAAUGACAAAAGAGCACUACAAAAAAUGCAUGGAGCAAAGGUUCAAGGAAUUGGUGGCGAGCAAAGCCCUUGAAGGUGUCCAAUCUGAGAUCAAAGAUAUGGACUGGGAGAGCACCUUCUACUUGCGCCAUCUCCCCAAGUCAAACAUUGCUGAGAUCCCCGAUCUCGACGAUGAGUACAGGAAGGUGAUGAAAGAAUUUGCGUUGAAGUUGGAGAAAUUGGCAGAGGAGCUUCUGGACUUGUUAUGUGAGAAUCUUGGACUCGAAAAGGGGUACCUCAAAAGGGCUUUCUAUGGAUCAAGCGGAAGUCCAACCUUCGGCACCAAGGUUAGCAAUUAUCCACCAUGCCCUAAACCAGACCUGGUCAAGGGUCUGAGGGCCCACACAGAUGCUGGUGGUAUCAUCUUGCUAUUCCAGGACGACAAAGUCAGCGGCCUCCAGCUUCUCAAGGAUGGCCAGUGGAUUGAUGUGCCACCAAUGCGUCACUCCAUUGUUGUCAACCUUGGUGACCAAAUUGAGGUAAUCACCAACGGCAAGUACAAGAGUGUGGAGCACAGAGUAAUUGCUCAAACAGAUGGCACUAGGAUGUCAAUAGCUUCUUUCUACAACCCUGGAAGUGAUGCAGUUAUCUAUCCAGCACCAGCUUUGGUGGAGAAAGAAGCAGAGGAGAAAAAACAAGUGUACCCAAAAUUUGUUUUUGAUGACUAUAUGAAGCUGUAUGCUGGACUCAAAUUCCAGGCCAAGGAGCCAAGAUUUGAAGCCAUGAAAGCUGUAGAAACUAAUGUCAAUCUGGGUCCAAUUGCGACUGCUUAA